AUGUCUGUCCCGUUUUCUGCACAGGCACCCUGGAGGAACAACAACAUCAGUUUUCUGACCAGAGAGGCAGCUGUAACAGAGCAAGGAGAGACCAUCAUAGGUUUCUACCUGUUGGCUUUAGGUUGGUUGUCUUGGUUUGGAAACAGCAUUGUGAUUUUUGUCCUGUAUAAGCAAAGACAUCUUCUGCAGCCCACCGACUACCUCACAUUUAACUUGGCAGUGUCAGAUGCCAGUAUCUCUGUGUUUGGUUAUUCACGGGGCAUCAUUGAAAUCUUCAAUGUCUUCAGAGAUGAUGGAUUCAUAAUCACGUCGAUAUGGACUUGCCAGGUUGAUGGCUUCCUGACACUUCUCUUUGGCCUGGCUAGCAUUAAUACCCUUACAGUGAUCAGCGUGACACGCUAUAUCAAGGGCUGCCAUCCUGAGAGAGGUCACUGCAUCAGCAACAGCAGCAUGUCGGUGGCCCUGGUCCUCAUUUGGGUGGCCGCUUUCUUCUGGUCUGCAGCUCCACUGCUUGGCUGGGGCAGCUAUACAGAUCGCAUGUAUGGCACAUGUGAGAUAGACUGGGCAAAAGCCAACUUCUCUACAAUCUACAAGUCCUACAUCGUCUCCAUUUUUAUCUGCUGCUUUUUCCUGCCUGUCACAGUCAUGGUCUUCUCAUAUGUGUCGAUCAUCAACACAGUCAAACUAAGCCAUGCACUGACAGGACUGGGUGACCCCACAGACAGACAGAGGAGAAUAGAGCGGGACGUCACCAGGGUUUCUAUUGUCAUUUGCACAGCCUUCAUUAUUGCAUGGUCACCAUAUGCUGUCAUCUCUAUAUGGUCUGCCUAUGGUCACCCUGUGCCCAACCUUACCAGCAUCCUUGCCAGUUUGUUUGCUAAGUCUGCUAGCUUCUACAAUCCCAUUAUCUACUUUGGAAUGAGCUCCAAAUUUCGAAGAGACAUUUUCAUCUUGUUCCAUUGUGCCAAGGAAGUCAAGGACCCUGUGAAACUCAAACGUUUCAAAAACCUCAAACCAAAGCAGCCACAGCCUUCUCAGAAAGAAGAGAAGUAUGCACCAGAAAUGCACCCUGCACCAAGCCCUGAUUCCGGGGUGGGAAGCCCAACCAACACCCCACCUCCAGCAAAGAGGGAAGUGUAUUUUGGUAUUCUCGAUACACCAUCCAAUAAUCCCAAUAUUGAAUGUGAUAGAUUGUAAGUUUUGUGGCUGCUUAAUACACAUACACACUCUGUGUUCAGGAAGACCCUCUACAGAGCGGUGCUUGAGUAAUUUACUAAUUCCCAUUCCAUCUGUUUCUUGCAAUAGCACUGAUGACUAUACAACUCAAGCAAAUCAGAUGGUAAAGUGAUAUUUUCCAUAUAUGUAGGUACAAAAUGCUCCAAAGAACAUUAAAAUGUGGGCAGCACACCCAGUGCCAGAAGCACUUGAUUUUCACAUGCGUGCAGGAAAAGAAAGACUGACUUCAGGAAAGCAGGCAUUAGUUAGCAAAACUAACUGAUCUAUUCCUAUCCAAAUUUUAUAAAUUCUCGACUACAUUUCCAAAUAUGUCUUUUGCUCUUUAACAGUCACGGCCAUAGAUGAUUGAUUUAACUCUGUGGUACCUCACAGCUAUGGCUGUAAGAGAAGACUGGCCCUGCUGAGAUUGCUGUGGAGCUGCUACAGCUCCAAAGGCUGCAAGGUGCUGGAAAAAUCCCUGUUCCCCCUGCAGGGUACCCAGGUGUGCCCACCAUAGGGCCUCCAGGCCCCACAGGCACCUCAUGGGAUUGUGUCUGAUCACAGGAUCAGAGAAUACUUUGUGUUGGAAGGAACCUUUUAGAUCAUCUCAUUCCAACCCCCCUGCUAUGGACAGAGACACCUUCCACUAGACCAGGUCACUCAGACCCCAUCCAGCCUGGCCUUGAAUGCUUCCAUGGAUGGAGCACCCACAGUUCCCUGGGCAACCUGUUGCAGUGUGAAGAAUUUCAGUGAAUAAUUUCUUCCUAAUAUCUAAUCUAAACCUACUGUCUUUCAGUUUAAAGUCUUUCCCCCUUGUCCUAUCACUUGUAAAGAGUCCCUCUCUAUCUUUCUUGUAGGCUCCCCUUUGGUACUGGAAGGCUGCUGUAAGGUUUCCCCAAAGCCUCCUCCAGACUAAAGAGCCCCAGCUCUCAGCCUGUCUUCAUAGAUCACCUUCAUAGGCCAUCUUCUGAUGGCCUGUGCCUGACUCUGUGUGUCUAUGCAAGGACUGGGAGUUGUAAUGUAUUGAAAAUACUAGUCUGGUGUUUUCUAGUCACUGUAGUCUGAGCAGUGGCUUCAUAUUUUCCUCACUGGUUUGCAGAGCUAUUUCCACCCCCACUGACCUUCCUGGUGAUCAGGGCCUGGCUGUGGAAUUCUGAUUCAGGAAAGCUGAUUUUACUGAUCUGUCUCCAAAUUUAUUGUUUUUCUACCUUCCUCUGAAGGUGGAGCAAGAGAUGUACAGGUAACGAAAACUGACUUAGGUUUUAAGAGUUCUGGUGAGGUGUGGCAUCAGAGCUAUUUACAAAAUAUAAUCCAACACUUCACUUUUGCUUCUAAAGAAAGUGUUGUUACCUGCCUAUGGGUAAAAAGUGACUUUUUUUAAACCAAACUUAGUAGCAAUUAAAGAUAAUGAUUUAAACAGCUAUGCUGUAGGCCUAAAUCAGUUGCCAGGCUACCAGAUGUUACAUAUCCAGUUAUAUCACCAAGUUUAUUCUACAGAAUCAAAAUGAGGAGGUAUGUUUUCAUAAUUCCCCAUCGUGUAAAUUGACUGCAUACUCAAAGACUUCUUUUAAAAUGUUUCUGUGUUAGCCAUGGAAAUUGUGGGUUCACUUAGUGCCAUUUGCAACUUAAACAAGGGAAAAAGAAGUUGGGGGGGAAGAAAAAACCAGCAACACUCUUUGCUAACCUGUGCUAUUUACAAACUUUUGAAAUCUUGCUGUCUGGGUGUGUUGAAAUAUAGUUGUUUUGCAAAAAUAUGCUCUUCCAGAUGUGUUUCUUGGGAAAGUUUCUAAGAGAGCCCACCUCAGUUCCCCCCAUUACUCUAUUUGUUUUGAGAAAUUCAUCCGUGUUUUGAAG